AUGAAAGCAUUAAAUUUUUUAUAGGAAAAAGCUGAGCAAGAAGGCACUGGUUUCAUUCCAUUUAAAGAUGAAAGAGAUGAACUAGGAAAUCUUAAGGGUUUAUCAAAAAGAAGUUUAUCAAGAGCAAAUAAAAAAAAAAGUGAACACAUUUUUGAUAGAACAACAUCAAAUACUUCCAAAACAUCUUAAAGGUAAUAAAUUAAAAAUUAUAAAUGAUAGAAAUAAAAAAGUAAGAUUUUUAAAAGAGAUUUACUCAACACAUGGUAAUUCUGAUUGGUGUAGCUUAACUAAUUUACGUAAGCUGGAUAAAAAGUUUUAAUUAAAUAUAGAAACAGAGCUUUAAGUGUAAAAACCACUUACAGGAUUAAAUUAAAAGUUAUAAUUUAAUGAUGGAAUAAUAAGAAAGUUUACUACAAACAUUUGUAAUUCACCAAGACUUGGAAAAAAAUAUAAAACAGAAAAUUAUAUCCCCCCUUUGGGUUAUUAUUAACCCUAAGAUAUCUUAAAACGAUAACCUAUGCUUGUUUUUAUGGAUUAAUAAAUUUCAAAUAACAAUAGAUUAUCAUAACACAAAUUCAGUAGAACCGAAGCCUCUACAGCUUAACCUGGUAUAAGACAAAAAUUAUCACCAAAUAAAGGCUCACCUGUUCCACAAGAGAUUUUAGAGAAAGCUUUUAAAACAGAGAGAAUAAUUACAUAACAAAAAUAUAAAUAUGUUCCUUAAAUGAUAGAUGAAAAAAAUCUCGAAAAUCUAACAGCUAGAAUAAAUUGUAUAAGAUAGAAAAUCUAGCAUUCAAAAAUUAACAGUAUAUCGAAUCAAUGA